UCUCACAUACCUCUCCAUUUGCUAUUGGCAAUACAUAUAUAUUAUGUGAUGUGUAUAGAAAUGAGCGGGCUACAAACUGAUGCACGCUCGUGAUGAUGGACCCAAAGAUAGUGAAAGUUACUGCGCAACGGAACAAGUGCCUACUUACGGGCACUGUGUGAAAAAGCACAUGGUUACAACGUGAAAGGAUCUAAACGACAACUAUCAGCUGGAAGCAUAAUCCGAGUGGUGUUUGUUAAGUGCAAAUCUCAACUGAGACACACAUGCAGGCCCAGCAAACGCGUCACAUAGACUGGGUCAAAACAUUGAUACUGAUAACGUAGGAUACCUAAGGGGUGUUCGCCACACGCGGGCGCUGUUUUUGUCGUUAGUGCCUAAAAUUAGUUGUGAACCACUACAGAUAUAUCAAACAACUGAUGACAUCUAAAGGUAGCGAGUUCAAAUCCGAAAAAUCACCGCGGACACAAUGGACAUCGAGUAUGCCACUUUAGGAGCUUCUGCUGCAAGUAAUGCUGGCGCCUCUGAAGGAACCGAGGUGAGGUUGGUUGACCGUGAAGUGCAACGCCUACCAGACUGGGUUCUGCAUAAGUUUGCGCUGUCAGCGGAAACGCUUGAUCUUUCGUGGAACUCUAUCACGACGUUAGUGGGCCUCGAUGCUCUUGUCAGACUCCGUCACUUAAUUCUGGACAAUAAUAGCCUUCGUGACCCAUUCGUGAUAGAAGCUUGUUCAGGCCCGUUUCUGGAGACACUUUCUAUUAACAAAAACCUCUUCGACGACCUCAAAUCACUUAUUGAAGCUAUUCGGCAGGCGUUCCCGAGAAUCAGACAUCUCAGCGUACUAGGCAACCCGUGCUGUCCGGAUCAACUGACGCAUCCUCGCGAGGUCGACGGUGACGACUACGCGCGUUAUCGUCUCUACGUUAUCUCUCAAUUAUCAUUUCUCGAGUUUCUUGAUUGUACCGAGGUUACUAUACAGGAAAGAAAAAAGGCGAGACAAAUUGGAAGAUAUCAAAUAGUAGCACGGCCCCAUCUUGGACGGUACCGUCCGCCAGCUGAAGAUCAAAUUCCUCGGGGUCUACACUCCCUACCUCAUCAGAACGACGACACCGAUGGUUCCUCCGAUGAAAGGAAUACUAAUGAUACCGGUCGAGAUCAAGGACAACAGUCCUCACAACGUAGAUCAGCAUUUGGAACUCGCAGGUACCAGUACGUUGGAAAUCAUUCAGAAGGCAACCGAUUCAUUCGAGACAAGCAACUCUAAGCAAUCAAAUAUUUUGGCGACGGCCCUAAUCAAAGUGUCACCAUUAUGAAAUUGCUUUUGCUCGGUAUGCCGAAAAGUCUUGACAUACCUAUCAGUUACCAUUCGUGGAACUCUCUGAUGAAUCUCUGUUAUGUCUAUGUGGGUCUGAUAGACUGGUCGAUUUUAGAGAGUUUGUAUGUGUGCCACAAUGCACUUCGGUACAUUACUUCUACUCUUAUGCACGCCGUCCGUACUUUAACGAUUUUUAUAUAAACGCUGAGUCCUUACGAAGUAAAUUGGCUAUUAUAAUUAGUGUGGCAGACUCUUCUUCACAUUUAUACCGGACGGAAUGAUUUAAUCUUAAAAGUUCAUUGUUAUCAAAUUGACCACUAAAGUGAAAUAGGGUCGUAUAUGUACUUGUACAGAUAACCGUAUUGCACUAAAAUUAUUGGCAAAAAGGGCUCGUGAAAUCGAAGAUCGAAAAUGCCCACAUUGUCCUUCCUUUAUAAAAUGUAUACCACUGUUUACAUACAAAUUCCAAGCUCUAUUUAGAACAGACAUUGAAUGAAAAUCGUAUAAUCAUUCUUUAAUCUUUUUAAAAAAAAAAAGUAAAAAAACUA